UAAAAUCUGAAUCCGCUACGAGAGAUACUUGGCCAUUGAUUUUACCUGAGACAGGUCACAUAGAGGCCAUGCAGGGUUUUGGGUUUACAUGAUUUGAACUCGGACUCUACCACCCGAUAAUUCCCUUUUCUCUCACCCCUCUACUCGAUCUCUUCUCUCUCUGUCUCCCACAACGUCAUCCUCCAUUGUUCCUCCACCACACCACCAUCGUUCUCUCCAGACUCCCAUCCUCCACACAGUCCACCAUCGUUCUCUCCAGUCUCCUCAGACCGCCAUCCAAUCAACCCCCGAUUCGAUCUCCGUCAGCUGCAACGCUGCUCCAUCGCCAGACUCCAUCCACUCCAAUCGUAAUGAUCACUUUCGUUGUUGAGGCAUCGUUUCAGCCCCUGGGCGAACCUUGUUCCUGAUUGCAGGCGUUAGUCGUUUAUCGCUGCGGCAUCGUUUCAGAUCACAAAGGUGGGGUGGUCAGUGCUACGAGAGAAACAAAUACGGAGGGGAGUGAUUGAUGAAGUUCAAUGGCAUAUAGAGGGCGUGGACGCGGUGGAUUUUCGGGUGGUGGCGGUUUUGGGUAUGCUAUGCAAGAACCCUUGCUUUUUCCUGACAUUGAUUUGCCACAUCAAAAAACAGACGCUGUUACUGAGGAAGAAAACUCAAUCAACCAAACUCGCAAGUUUCAAAAAAUUUGGAAAGACUCUCCUUAUUAUCUUGAGCAGAGCACUUCGAAUGAGAGGCAAAACGCAGAGGUUGAAAGAUUUUCUGACAAAUCAAAGCCAAAAACCAUGGUAAGGCGUGGUUCUCUUUUUAGUAUAUUGGAGCUCAAGGGAUUUCCUCAAGAACUGACUGAAGGUUCAAGGGUGCAGCAGCCAGGUCGAAGGAGAGUUCGAUGGAAUCCUAACUCAGGGCUGGAGAAGUUGGAUUUAUUUGAAAAGCUCGAGCAGCGUCAGGGCCAAAAUGAUGCAAAAGAAAAGAAAGAAGGUGAAGGUGAGGAUGAAGAUGAAAAUGAAGAGGAGGAGGAACCAGAGGACGACGACUUUAGUGAUGAUGAUUAUUAUAAGCACUCUGAUUUUGAUGAUGAUGAAGAUGAAUACAAUAUGGAAGAUGACCGUGACGACGAACCUCUUUUAUAGCGAGAAGGUGUUGCAUACGAUGCGUUCAUCUCAUUUCACUUGGAUCAAAUGAGGGUACGGCUAUGCAAUCAGUUACAAAUUUUUUGGUACCAAGCUCUUCUUCUAGUAUUUACCAGAUUGUUCUAGCAUUGACGCCGUGUAAUGUGGCAGUCGAUUACAGAUGGAACAUAUGAUUUGAUGUUGGAAGUGGGGGUAAAUUAGAUUAGAUAUUACAAAUGACAUUUAGGGGAUGUAUUCAAUUGGGAUUUUGAGGGAUUUUAAUUCUUUUAAUGAAUCCAUUGGUAUUCAAUCUGGAUUUUAAGUGAUUCUUUGAAAUUCAAUGUGUAUUCAAUUA